GUUAGACGUUGAUCCUUGCUCUUUUGUUGUUUGUUUGCGCCAAAAGAAUGCCUUUCGUCUCCAAGAUCGCGUCUCUGCCCUUGCAGAAAUGCAGCAUCCUGGACUUCCUGUUCCCGCCCGAUCAACCUGUGUCCGAUAAGCCACUCUGGAUCGAUGCCGCGGACACGUCGCAUUGGAACUCUCCCAAGAGUGCCUUGGCUUUGGCCAAACGGUUUGGUUAUGGUCUCCAGCAGCUAGGCGUUCAGUUCGAGGAUAGAUGCUUGCUCUUCACACCCAAUCAUAUUAUGGUUCCGGUGUCGUAUUUUGGCGUUGUGGGCAUUGGUGCUGCUUUCUCUGGAGCCAACCCUACGUUCACUGAGAAAGAAUUGGAAUAUCAAAUUACCAUCUUGCAGCCCAAGAUUAUGCUUGUGCACCCGAGCUUGAUCCCGACCGCAAAGGCUGCCGCCGCCAAAGCAGCUGUUCCGGGGAUGAGGUUGUAUGUCUUCUCAGACCGCGAGACAGGAACCAUCGAUGGCCUUCCAGAUUGGAGGGACAUUCUGGGGACGCCCGAGCAGGGUGAGCGGUGGCAAUGGAGGAAGCUCCCUGGCGAAGAGGCAGUGAACACCAUUGCUGCCAUCAACUUCUCGUCUGGCACCACUGGGCUGCCCAAGGGCGUCUGUGUGUCUCAUUUCAACGUGGUCUCGAACGUCAUGCAGAUCAAGUCUCUCUACGACUUCGAACCUUCGGAGAAAUGGGCGGGAUUCCUGCCUCUGUAUCACGCCUAUGGACAGUGCUAUGCUAUCCUCAUGGCAACAAUCAAUCAUAUUCCCAUGCUCAUCAUCAGCAAGUUCGAGUUCGUCGAGUACCUUCGCAUCAUCCAGGAGCACAAGAUCACCCGACUACAAACCGUCCCUCCAAUUCUAAUCAUGUUGAACAAGAGGCCAGAGACUGCAAACUACGACCUGAGCAGCGUCAAGGAGAUCCUAUGUGGAGCCGCGCCGGUUUCGAGAGAGCUUGAAGCCAACGUGUCCAAGAAAUUCAACGUCCGGAUCACGCAGGGAUGGGGCAUGACCGAGACGACGUGCGCCGUGUCUGGAAUUCCGUACUAUGAGAAGUCCCGGACUGGCUCCGUGGGAGUUGUCAUGCCCAACACCGAGGUGAAGAUCAUUACGGAUGAUGGCAGGGAGGCAAGUAUAGGGGAAGCGGGAGAACUCUACGUCCGCGGCCCGCAGGUCUGUCUGGGGUAUUGGAAGAACCCACAAGCGACGCUCGACUCAUUCGAUCCUGUGACUGGGUGGCUAAAGAGCGGAGACGUGAUGGUCAUGAGCCAUGACGGAUGGAUGGCGAUCGUGGAUCGAAAGAAGGAACUGAUCAAGGUGCAAGCGCUUCAAGUGUCGCCCGCAGAGGUCGAAGCAGCACUGAUCGAACAUCCCGACAUUGCCGAUGCUGGCGUCGUCGGCAUUACCUUUGACGACGGCGAAUGGCCCAGAGCAUAUGUGGCCCUGAAGGAGGAGUCCCGCGGGAAGGUCACGGAGAAGGAGGUCCAGGAGUGGCUGAACGCCCGUGUGUCGAAGCACAAGCGUCUCGUCGGAGGCGUCGCAUUCAUCCCUGAGGUGCCUCGUCUGCCCAGCGGCAAGAUCCAAAGGAAAGUCAUGAAGGAAUGGGCGAAGCGGGACGCGAUGACCGUGUUCAAUUCGAGGCCGAAGCUUUGAUACGGGUGUCUCGGGAGUCUACUGUACACCAGAGAGAACACAUAAAGCGUGAUGGAUUUUUCUUCAAGACCCGGACGACGUUCAUGAGAUACUUUGUUAAAGGGUAUUCUUUAUAGUGUUUAUGAGCGC